UUACUGGCGAGGGCCCUGGUGAGGGUGAAGUAUUUGUAAAUGUGAUCACACUACAGAGAGCCUAGUGAAUUUGUUUACAAGGUUAAUUUUUAAAAUAUGCCAUUUAAAGUGAUGGAAAACCACAUUUUCGACACCCUGCGCUUGCCAGGUAAUAAGGUAAUGCAAAAGUUAUUUCGUUGUUACGGAAGAAAAAUACCCUGACGUUCAAACAGUCAUUAUAGUUGCCGUUCAUGUGACUUUAGGGAUUGCUGUUGAAUUCGCCUUGUUACGUAUCAGUGAUAUAUUUAUGCCCAAGGUAUGGAUAUAAAUGAACUUGAAUUGGAACUUAGUGAAGAUCUUACCCAAGACGAUAUCGAAAGCUUAAAAUUAUUGACAAAAGAAAGCCUUGUUUUGAAAACGGACGAUAAUGAUGCCAAACGCUUUUUAACGUCUCUUAGAGAAUGUUGCACUCCGUUAGAGAAAUACUACGAAACACUAGAGAAUCUACUCUCUAAGCUCAAAAAAACUGUGAGUUUUUCGUGCGGAGAGGUUUAUUGGAGUGAUCGAGUCAAAGAACAUAGAAUCAAAUACGAAACCUGGCGCAAAGAAAAAGGCAUUCAAGGAAAUCCAAACUUUUUUGGCAGAAAACAUUAUCUGGAACAACUAGAGAGUGGUCUAUAUGAAAAAAGCAUUAAAGCAAUAUGUAUCUGUGGUCUUGGAGGGCUUGGGAAGUCUGCACUGGCACGUGAAAUAUGUUCUAGGAUUGCAUGGAAGAUAAAAAAGGUUGAGAUAAGGGCAAAAGACACUAUCAAAGAAUUUCUGACCACAGUUGUCAUCAAUCUCAUGACUCACUCUGAUCAAAGAAAACCUAUGCUAACAGAGGCAGACCUCACAGAUUCAUUACUCAGCAUUUUAAAUACUGAGAACGAAGACACUGUAGUCAUUUUGGAUGAUGUUGAUAAGCUGAUGGGGAGCAGUAACAAAGACAACUUUCUCAACCUCAUGCAUGAUAUAGUUUGCAGAAUGAACCCUGAUUCAAAGGUGAAACUUUUGAUUACAUCUAGAGUUGAGAUGAUGGUUGAGGGGAGGUUUGGUGGCUUGAUGCAAGAGAUAGAACUCAAAUCAAUGGAGCAGAGGGAAGCAGAAGAACUUCUCCAAAAAACUGUUUGUAUGAACAGUGGCCAGACAUGUCAUGUGGCAUUAACUGACAGCCAGUGUUCCACCCUAGCCCAUCUGUGUGGCUGCAGUCCACAAGCAUUGCUAGUUGUGGCAGACCUAAUGAGACAGGGGGACCUACAACCAGAUGACAUCAUCAGCCGUCUCCAGCCAGGGAAACUGAAAGCCACAGCCACUUUGCCACCAGUUCACAGAUGCUUACAAGAAAUGUUUAUAGCACUUCCUGGAGACAUGCAGAAUUGCUUGGUUUCACUUUCCGUGUUUGACUCCAGCUUUGAUGCGGAGGCUGCUUACUUUGUGUUCAGAGAACUUCAGCCAAAGGAGUCUCGCAGUCAAUAUGCCGAAGAAGAUGCAAAAUUUGACUUGAGGUGUUUGAUUGGCCAUCAUCUGGUGGAGUUUGAGGACUACAGUAUUUACUCUAAUACUGUUACCAUGGGUUAUAAGAAAUCUUCUUUGGGAAGAUAUUCCCUUCAUCCAUUGGUGAAAAAUUUUGCUGAAGGCAAGGCACUGGAAGAGAACUUUAGAAAUAUAACUGUAAAAGGGAUGAAUGGCUUUGUUUUGUUCUUUGAGCAAAAAGCAAAGGAGAUUCACAAACAAGGGCUUGGUGUUUUUUCUGUUGUGGUACAGCAGGUGAUGUCACUGUAUCUUAGGACCUAUAUGAAGAUAGCUGUUAAUAACCCCUGUACAAGUGAAAAAAUGUCAACCAUUAUGGUCAUCAAUAUUUUCAUAGAAAAUCUGUCUGAUUUAAGUGAGAGAAUAAAGUACUUAGCAGAAGCCCAAAAGAAAGCUGAAGGAACUGGAGAUGUCAUAACAUCUUGUUACAGAAUGCUUCAGACUGCCAGGUGUUAUUUAGAUUUAGAACAAUAUGAUGAAGCUGAAGCGAUAUGCAAGCAGGCUUCACUGUACUUUCAGGAUGACUCUGUAAAACACAACUUUCCAAUACAAACACUCUAUCAUUAUGUUUGUGGCAAUAUAUUUUACAAAAGAGAGGUUUACGAAGGUGCUUUUCACAGUUUUUCAGAAUGCAAGAGAUGCUUAAUGAACAUUAAAGGAGAAUUUGAUGUUUCUCUUGAUGACGUGGAAAACUUCAUCGGGUCUGUUUACUUUUCACUUCGUCAAUAUAAAGAGGCAGAGAAACAUUUUAGUAUUGCUCACCAAAGACAGAAAUCAAAGGGAAAUUUGACCCCUGUGACUUGUGCUAACAUUGCCAAAGCCCUAAAGGCCAUGUGUAGGGAUAAAUUGUACAAGAAUGAGCACCCAGAUGAUAAUUUUAAGGAGCUUUUUGAAAAAGCAGAAACCCUUAAUUCGGAUGCUUUGGACAUUGCAACAAAAAAUGGUGAUUUCUCCCUGAAUAGAGCAAAACUGCUGAGAGAUUUUGCAGACUUGUAUCAGGCCAAAUUUGAAGUCCUGCAGAAUUAUGAAGAAGAAAAUGUUCCUUUGGUGAGAAUUGGGGAAAAGUCGAGUGCUUGCAAACGCUGUCUUAAAGAUGCCAGCAAGCUGUUGGAAGAGGCUGUGGGUAUUGCCAAGAAGAGAGCAACUCCUUACCACAGGUUCAAAUUUGACUGCAUGGUGUUCAGGGCAUUUGUUCUGAAGGAGCUGGGGGAAUAUGAGGAAGGGUUAUGUGAAGGCAAUUCUUCCCAGUACUUUGAAGAAGCAGCAAGACAAGUUAAUGAUCUGUCCAGUUUACUGUCCAGCACUCCACACAAUGAGGGACUGGAUCCUCAAGAAAAAUCUUUUUUAACACUUGAAGAAGAUGUGUUACCCAUCUUGAAAAAACUCAACAGAUCUAUGGAUUUGGAAAGAAUCAGAAAGAUAAUAAUAGACUAUAAGAAAAAACAUGGUAUGGAGGAAAGUGAAUCGGACAGGGAUACCAGUGAUGAAGACUGUGGUGCCCCCUCUCCCCAAGAAUGUUCAUCAUUUUCUGAUUCAGAUGGUUUGUCUCCUGCAAAUGAGAAUGUGGAUUCCAGCUCUCCACCUCACAAACUGUUUAAAUGGAGCCCAGACAACAGUGAAGAGACAAAAAAGAGAAAUGAAAUUGUUAGUCCUGCCAAUCAUUGAUAUAGUGUGUGUGUGUGUGUGUGUGUGUGUGUGUGUGUGUGUG